CCAAAUUACACCAGAGUGAUUAUCCGCCUGUAAGCAGGACUGCUCUGUUCUAAGUGUCUGGGGUAAAAAAGAAAAAAUCAUCAUGUCGCUCCUUCCAGAAACUCUCAUUCUUCACAAGACAACCAGAAAGCACUAUCUGUCUCUUACCCUUGGUGCAGAGUCCCAGGUCACAUAUGUUUGGAUUAAUGAAGACAAGGAAAAUCUACUGAGUAAAACCAGGACUCUACAACAAGAGCCAGCAGGAAUCAGAGAUAUACCUGAGUGGGACACUGCCUCGAAUGCUUUAAAUGAAAAAAUUUUGGUCCCGGUCAGAAUGUUUCGAGAUCCUUUCGCUCUUGACCCGAAUAAACUGGUGCUGUGUGAAGUGCUCACUGAUAAAUAUGUUCCAACAGGAAAUAGUCAGCGUUCGCUGUGUGCUAAAGUGACGGAGGAAGUGAAAGAGUUUGAGCCCUGGUUUGGAAUGGAGCAGGAGUACGUGCUGUGUGGUUCGGAUGGAAAGCCGUACGGUCGGCCAGCUCAAGGGUGGAAGUUUAGAGGAGUCAGUUGUUCUGUGGGCAGUGACAACGUGUAUGGUAGAGACAUCUCUAUCUGUCACUACAGAGCCUGCCUGUAUGCAGGGGUAAAGAUCGGUGGCACCAAUUCAGAGACAUUAGGCUCCCAGUGGGAGUUCCAGGUCGGCCCUUGUGAAGGCACCGAAUUGGGGGACCAUCUGUGGAUGGCCCGUUACAUUCUGCACCGCGUGUGUGAAGAUUUUGAUGCUGUUGCCUCCUUAGACGUGAAACCUGCUGAUGAAAGCACUACAUCAGGCUGCCACGUCAACUUCAGCACUAAGGAGAUGAGGAGUGAAGGGGGACUUCAGUACAUCGAGGGGGCGAUCAGCAGACUGAGCAAGCAUCAUUCUCAGCACCUGUGUGUCUACGAUCCACAUGGUGGCGCUGACAACAAACGACGCCUCACCGGUCAGAAGACUACUUCAGAAUUCAAUAAAUUCUCUUCAGCUGUAGGCCGUCGUGAUGUCAGUGUGCGCAUCCCAGGCCAUGUGUUUCGCAAGGGCUGUGGGUACUUUGAGGACAGACGUCCUGCUGCCAACUGUGACCCAUUCAGUGUAAUAAAGGCUCUGCUCGAAACCUGCCUGCUGGGAGCCACUAAACAAGAUGAUGACAAGGAAAGGGAGACCUUUAAAACCUUUAAAAAUUUGCACGUUUAAACAGCCUAAAUAAACUGUGUUGCAUGAAUGAGGGAAGAAAAAACACUAAAAUAUUUAAGCCAGUAACAGAGCUGUUUGCCCUGCAAACACUUAAAUCUAUUCAAACAGGAAGGUUCUGCAUUUGUGCACAAACCUGUGGCCCAUAUACUCAAGAAAUGAACAUAAAACUUUGUACAAUUCAAGACGAAAUCACCCAAUUUAUGGAAUUAUGAAAAUGCAACAAACCAAAGCAGUUCACAAGAAAAAAAGGAGAUCAAGAACUUUGCCUAUGCUUUGUGUUUUCACUUUUUCAAAACUCUAUACUGUUUAGUGUGUGCCCAAACUUCUGUUAUCCUAAAUGUUUUUCACUCAGUAUAUUAGUUCUAUUUCCAUUUCACAUAUGUCUGUUUUAAUGGUAAAAUGUUUUACAAUACUACAGCCUCUUGACUGUACAUUUCAGUAAAGACUUCUCUGAUUUGGGGACAGCAUGUUCUUAUGUGAUUGUACAUGAUGUU